AUGGUACCCGACAAGUCAAAAUUACCCUCACCUAUCACUGCAGAUUCACCAUUACAAUUGAAAUUAUAUCCCAGUAAAACAUUUGGUCUUAAUAGUUCAACUGAUUCAAACAUCAAACAGCUUUUCAAACAUCUGAUUUCUCUUUCUCCUAUGGAUAAAAAUGGAUCAAUGAGUGGUGAUUGUGAUUUGGAAACCACUCAAAUGGAAACAUUUCUUUCACAGACAUUUAAUUUUCAAAAUCUUCCUGGUCAAUAUAUCGUUCAUGGUGUGAAAUCAUUUGAAUUACGAAAAUCUCUAGAUUCAAUACAUCCGAACGUAGUGAUUCAUUUUCCAAGCAAGACCUCGAAAACAUCAUUUGCGAUGUCCGCCCAAGAAAUUCGUGAUUGGCAACAGUCAUACAGAGUUUAUGCUGACAAGACUGUCGAAGGUAUGACCAAAGAAUUUCUUCUACAAGCCUUACAAGGAAAGAGUGAAUGUGGAGACGAAGCAUUUCGUAUGAAAUUUGUUGUUCGUAUUUCAACAUGUCCUAUUUUAAUGGAAUUUGAUGCUCGCAUAAUACCUCGUGAACUUCAAGAAGAAUGGCCAAACCGAAUUAAACUUGUUUCAGUAACUGGUAUCGAUUUUGCUGGUCGAAUACAUGAUAUAAAUGAUAUUCUUACUUAUGUAACUAAUUGGAAAGAGGUUUAUGAGAUUAAUGCAAAGUCGGCUUUGCCUCAAGUUUAUCAUGGAAGAGAUUUUCGUCGACAAACCAAUGGUCCACGAGGAAAACUAAACAUAGAUCUUCUUCUAAAUGAUUUGGUUCGAAUGGCAAGACUUCGACUACAAGCAUGUGAAGAAGAAAAAGUACAGAUUGUUGUUGAAACAGGUAUCGGACUUGGCGUAUUUGCUGGUAGAGCUAUUGAAAUCGAUGAAACAGUAAGAGCACUUUCUGCACGUGCAAUUCGACAGGUACUUGAAGAAGAUGGGUCAAAUUAUCGAAAUAUACAGGCUGUCGUGUUUGCUCUACCUAUUUUUGAUGUAGACUAUCGACAUGCUAAAAGACAAGAUACUUACCAAGCCUUUGUUGAUGAAUUCGAUAGUAGUAAAUAUGAAGGCCCAAUUCCUGUCUUAAUUGCUGAUCAAGAUAUGCAUAGAUUAACAGUAGCUAUUGCUCGGAAAGAAUUCAUUGUUUCCGAGUUGAAUCCUGCUGAUUCUCAUGGUGUAUUUGGUGAAUAUUGGCAAAAUCGAGGGCCAGCUGUGGAAGAAAAACUAGCUUUGACUACUGUAGGUCUACUUGCACAACAUCAUAUGAUUAAUUCAUAUGUGCUCAAGCCAGAAAAUUAUCGUCUUAUGUAA